UUUCGCUCGCCAGAUUCAGUCGCAAACGAACAACGAACCAUCGAAGUUUAGAAAAUAUCUAACAAUUAAAAGCGAUCGCGCGCGCGCUUUUUUCUCGAAUUGUGCGAAUCUCGAACCUCGAACGUCGAACGUCGAAAAACGAAACGAAACGAAUAUAUAUAUAUUUGGAAAUUGUGGCUAGAAGCAGAAAUUGCAAUUGUCGUUUUGUUUUUAGCGCGCGUGCAUUGCCAAAAACGAAUUUUCAACAAAGAAACAACAACGAAUCGAGCAAAAAUUAAAUAUACACGUAUAUUUCAAGCGGAAUAAAAGGAACAACCACAUCAACAACACAAAACGACGCACAUUUUCUUAGUUUUCAGUUUGGGUUGCAUGCCGCGUGGAUUUUAGAGCAGCAGCAGAAUCAAAAUAUAUACCCACCUAUAGCCACUUACAUAUAUAAUUAUAUAUAGCGAAAACUUGUAUAUAUAUUUGGGAAAUAAAAGCGAACUGUUGGCCAAAGCCAAAAGGGUGGAAUAACUUUGAGAGGCGUUGCCCGUCGAAGGAAAAUAAAAUACAAAUUCGUGUUUCUCCCAAAAAACUAAUGUGGCAUUAAUUGAAUGCUUGCUCGAAACUGGCACAAGGCUCAAGCUCAGGCGGUCCAUAAUUACAUCAUACGAAUUUUAUCAAAUAAAUAUACUUUUUUUUUGGAUAGUACAGUGCCUUUGCUGGGCAGUGAACUGAGCACGAGCCAUUAGAACUAAAGCCUCAAGAUAAAUCGAGUCGAUUAUGAGCGCUCUGGCCGUGCGGAAUACAGAUUUCAAUCCUUUGCGAAAUCAACGGAAGCUUAUCGUUAAGCGCUUAAGACCGCCCGAACAGGUCAGAAAAAACAUCAAGAACUAAGAAACCGAACAACGAAUAUACAUAUAUUAAUAAUAUACGUCACAACGAACUCUGCUCGCAGCUAAAAUCGAACCUUAUUUAAAGCCAACGCAGAAUAACGAAAUAUAUAUAAAGAAUAUAUAUAAAUAAAGAAACCACAACCAAAAACGAACGAAUUUUUGUAAGAAGAACAACAACAAGAACAACAAAUAAACUGCGACAACAACAAGAACCAUAAAGACAAAAAAGGAUCAUCACAUUUGUUAAAAAAGUAAAUAACACUUUUCCACUCCAAGCGAGGAAAAGUGACUUUUGUAAAUAGAAUUUUAAAAGAUUUUCAUUUAGCCACUAUAGCUAUAGCUAACAUUGUUUUUGUUGAUUUUAUAUCAUAGUAUAUCAUUGUUGUCGAAUUUGUUGUAUUAGAGUACCGUUAGACUAAGCAGUCCGCAUAACGUUUACUAGUCAGCCGCCCAACUGUGCGUAUACGCAACACCAGUGCGUAUACUUAAUAUUUAAGAAUAGAUUUUAGGAAUUAGGAGCAUACAGAGAAGAACGAAACAAAUGAUGAAAAAUCUCAAUGGUAGAGCGCAUAAUGCGUGCUACCGUCCUUACUACCAUCAAUCGUUGCACUUUGCCCAGCAGCAACAGUUGCAACUGCAACAGCAGCAUCUGCAUCAGCAUCAGCAGCCGGAGCAGCAAAUGUUACGUCAGCAACGGCAACUGCCCACGCAGCCAGCCUACCAGCAGCAACAGCAGCAGCAGCAACAUCACCAGCAACAGCAACAGCAGCAGGAACAACAACAGCAGUUGAGGCAAUCAUUUGGCAACAACAAUGCCGCCAACAACUGCUUUACAAUGCGCAACAGCAACAGCAACGGCAACGGCAACGGCAACGGCAACGGCAAUGCUUAUGGCAAUAUUGCUGCCUACGCUAAUAACAGCAACACCAGCAGCGACAGCAACAGCAACAGCAACAGCAAUGGCAACUGCAAUGCUGCUGCCAUGGCCGCCAUGUGCCAAAUGCAGAACUUUUUUAGCCAACAUCAGCAGGAGUAUAAUAAUAAUAAUAAUAAUUGCUCGACUAAUAAUUAUUAUCAACAACAACAACAACCGCAGCAGCAGCAGCAACAGCAAGAGCAGCAACAACAUGGGAUAGUUCCAACGACAGCAACAACAUGUACUGAUUCAGGAGCAACUAAAACAGAAAACAACGAUCAUUUUGCAAUGGACGCAAGUGAAAUUGCCAGUUUUCUAGCCAGCGAGCUUUUUAUGCAGCAGCUCGGCACCUUCGAUGGCAUUCAGUUGGCUCCAACGCUGACCACGCCCACGCUGACGCCCACAACAACGCGCAGCCUGCAGGAAGCCUUCUUCGAGCUGACCAACGACCCAGGAACUCCAUACCAGGCCACCUUCAAGCCACCACCACUGGGUCUCAUGCCCGGCGGCAACAAUGGCAACGGAGUGACCAACGUCCCGACCACCACAGCCACGGCCACCGUGGUGGGCGUGGUCAACCCGAUGAUCAGCCAGCUUCCCUAUGAAGUGAACAGCGCGCUGCAGGGAACCGAUUCCGACAACUCCAACGCCUCCUGGGCUGAUGCGCAGAACAACGAGGAUCAGGACACAACCGAUACUUCAAGUGCCCAUACGGACAGCACCUCGUACCAAAAUGGCCACAUGGCGGGCAGCAGCGUCAACGGUGGUGGUGCCAACAACUUUACCAACGUUCUGGCGGGGAUUAACGCCGGAAGGGGAUCCACCCAGGGCAGCAACACGAAUACCUCAAACAGUGCCACGCCAGCGCGUCGCGGAGGCGGCAGACGUCCCAACCGGAACACCAACAUGUCGCCCGAGGAGGAGGAGAAGCGUCGCAUACGCCGGGAGAGGAACAAGCAGGCGGCGGCUCGAUGCCGCAAGCGACGAGUGGACCAGACCAAUGAGCUCACCUACGAGGUGGAGCAGCUGGAGAAGAAGCGCGACGGGCUGAAGAAGGAAAUGGAGACGCUGACAGACGUCAAGAACCAGCUGGAGUUUUUCCUGCGUGCCCACCAUUCCUCCUGCCAAAAGAUCCGCACCGAUCUGCUGAGCGUGACCACCUGCAACGGCCUGAUUGCUCCGGUCGGCCUCCCAAGUGCCGGCAGCUGCGACAGCGGCUCGAGCAGCCACCAUAACAACAACAGCAACGACAGCAGCAACGGCACCAUUACGGGAUUGGACGCCUCUCUGAACUCCACCGGCCGGAGUAACUCGCCGCUCGAUCUCAAGCCCCAGAUUAAGGACGAGCCGCUGGACGGUGGCCUGGACUCGAGUUGCCUUUUGGAUCAGGACGGCCCUCCGCCCAGCAAGCGAUUCCCCUUGCCGCCCAUGUCCACCCUGAUGACGCCCACCGGCGUCUCGUCCGGAUCACUGCAAACGCCCAUUGCGAGCACCGCGCCCGGUGGCUUUGGUAGCGCCUACCCCAUCACCACCACAAAGGGCAGCAUGAACAGCCCCACGUUGAACGAACUGAACAAGCCCAAGGAGCGGCCCAACACGCUGGCCGUGCAACGACCCUUCGUCCCGCAGAUGCAUCUGAACCUGACCAGCAACCACAACAAGAUGCCCGGAUCGGGACCGACGCACAUCCAGGGCGUGCCCAUCCAGACACCAACCACGGGCUUCAACUUUGAUUCGCUGAUGGACGGUGGCACCGGACUGACACCGGUAUCGGGGCCGCUGGUGCCCUCGCAGAACAAGCAUCCCCUGGAGCUGCCCACGCCCACCGCCGAGCCGUCGAAGCUGGUCAGCUUAUAACCGGACGGGGGCCGGGACAGAUGCUGGGACCGGGCCGGAUGAAGUCCGUGUAGUGGAGUCGAGUCAGGAUUAAGUUAAGUUUUAUAUAAUUGAGAGUAGCGAUUAUAUCUAUACUUGCUAAAGCAAAGAGCGAAAGAAAACCAACAAAACAUUUUUCUAGUUGUAGGAGAUGUUUUCAUUUUGUAAUUUUAAAGCGUAAACCGUAAACCGUAACGAAUAUUUUGUUUUCGUUUUUGUAACUUUAAUGUUUUUGUAUUAUUAUCUUUAUUAUGGUUAAUUUAUGAUUUUGCUAUGUCUUUUUACAUACGCCGAGCUACAUAUGUUAUGUACUUGUAAUUUGUGCAAUUUUCAAACCUUUUCAUUUGCGUGUUGUAUAUUUUCAAAAAAUAUAAAUGCGACGAUCGAAGCGACGAUGCAUAAUUAAUGCCAGGCGCCCGCCCUCUGACCUGAGGACAGGACAGGGCCUUGGACAGAGAGGGUUGGCGUUUGAAUGAUAAGGGUAAUAUGAUGAUGUGUAGAUUUGAAGGAUGCGUUGUGAUAUUUAUUAUAAAAACAAAAAACAAAACAAAAAAACGAAUACAAACGGAUAACAAUUAAAACGAAAGUAGAAAGCAAAACAGGAGCAGUAAAGAAAGCGUCUAAUGAAAAGAACUAAGUCGGUUUUAAAAUUGUACAUUUAAACGGAAUGCGUAACAGAAGUAUAUAUAUAGACAUAUAUAUAGAUUCAAACUACAAACUAAAUACAAUGCCUUGAGAGAGAAUUAAGAAAUGCAACCACUUUAUAUAAAUAUAUAUAUAUAUAUGUAUGUUUAAAGCUAAACAAUAAUCGCAGAGUUGAGCAAAGUUUUAUAUUGGGAAAAGCAAAAGUAAAAGCAAAUGUGAAAUGAUAUAAUAUACUUAUUGUAUUCUGUAAGCUGCAGUAGGAAAACCCAAAUAUAUUUUUACUAAACGCAACGAGUGCGCUAUUUUCAAAUACCAUUUAUAAGAAAUGACAAAAGCAAAGCAAUUAUUUAAUAUAACUAUGUAUUAUCUAAAAUAUGAUUAUUCAGAAUCAGAAUCAGGUCAAAUCAACUCUCGCAAGUUUCCAUAGUGAAUUCUAAAUAUAUAUUUCGAAACUGUUAAAGGAUCUAUCCAAUUUGAAGCCAGGUGGCCAUCAGGGGCCACAAAUUAAAUGCACUUAUAAGGACAGACAACACCAAAAUUGACAAGGAAUGAAAUAAAAUAAAAUAAAAAUACCGAAAAACCUAAAAA